CGUCUCGUGGCCACGUCUCUUCACUCCCACCUCAGUGGCUGUCGUCUCCGACGACCUUCUCCAAAGCCCCUAGCCCUAACCCUAACCCUAAUUCCAUGUUUGAACUCUAGAUAUGGCGAUCCAAUUUCCCAUCCCCACUCGCUUCCUUGUCUCCUCCCCUCCCUCUCGUCAUCUUCACCUUCUUCCUCCCCGCUUCGGGACUAGCUUUCAGCAUCCAUGGCUGAGCUUCAGAUUGCCGUUCAAGUCGCUGAAAUCUGUCAGAUUUGACCAGAUCCUGACGAGCUCAGAGGAGGAGAUGGGGGAUGGCUUCUUCGAGACUAUUGAGGAGCUGGAGCGGAUGGUGAGAGAUCCCUCUGAUGUUCUUGGUGGGAUGAUUGAGAGGCUAUCAGUUCGUGAGCUGCAACUCAUGCUGGUAUACUUCUCGCAAGAGGGGCGGGACUCGUACUGCGCUCUUGAAGUCUUCGACUGGCUUCGGAAGGAGAACAGGGUGGACGGGGAGACGAUGGAGCUGAUGGUUUCGAUAGCGUGUGGAUGGAUUGAGAGAAUGGUUGGUGGAGAACACGCGGUGGCGGAUGUUGUGGGGCUGCUGAACGAGAUGGAGUGCGUCGGAGUGGAACCGGGUUUCAGUAUGGUGGAAAAGGUGGUAUCUUUGUACUGGGAACAAGGGAAGAAGGACGCAGCAGUGGCGUUUGUGACGGAUGUGAUGAACAGAGGGGGCGUUGGAGGUUAUAAGAUCGGAAAGCAAGGUGAGAACGAGAAGGAGGGGCCGGUUGGGUAUCUCGCCUGGAAGAUGAUGGGAGAUGGCAACUACCUGGGUGCAGUCAAAUUGGUUAUAGAAUUUAAGGAGUACGGAUUAAAUCCUGAGGUAUACAGUUACCUCAUUGCCUUGACAGCAUUAGUUAAGGAACAGAAAGAGUACUCCAAAGCUUUACGCAAGUUGAAGGCAUCAAGAAAAGCUGCCUUGGUAGCUGAACUCGAUGCUGUUGAUCUUCAACAACUUGGAAAGUAUCAAUCGGAUCUUAUAAGGUAUGGAAUCCGCCUGUCAGAUUGGGCAAUUAAGGAAGGGAGCUCUGUAAUUCCUGGAGCUGUCCACGAGAGACUUCUUGCCAUGUACACUUGUGCUGGAUUUGGGUUGGAAGCCGAGAACCAAUUGUGGCAAAUGAAGCUUUCAGGGAAGGAGCCUGAUAGGGAGCUUUAUGAUGUGGUUUUAGCUAUCUGUGCUUCUCAGAAUGAAGCUGAUGCUGUGCGCAGGCUGCUAGCCGGAGUAGAGGCUACUAGUGCAGCACGCAGGAAAAAGACCUUAUCUUGGUUACUUCGAGGCUAUGUUAAAGGAGGUUACUACAUUAAUGCUUCAGAAACCCUACUGAAAAUGCUGGAUUUAGGCUUAUGUCCAGAAUACUUAGACAGGGCUGCAGUGUUGCAGGGACUAAGAAAGGCCAUCCAAGAAUCUGGAAAUCCAGAGCCAUACAUCAAGCUCUGCAAGCGCCUGUGUGAUACAGAUCUAAUUGGACCGUGUCUCAUUUAUGUGUAUAUAGAUAAGUACCGCCUUUGGAUUGUGAAAACUAUAUGAAAUGCCACGCUGUAGAAUAUGAGUGAUUUGUUGUACAAUUGUAUAGCAGAAAUGAAGGUAAACCACACAUACAGAUUCAGCUGUAUAAGAUGUGUAUAUAUGUUCAAAACCUGUUGAAGAGAGUGAAUUACUAUGUCAACUUUGAUGUCUGUAAAUUUGCACAUUUCUCUAUUCUUGUGUAUGUUUUUUCUUUCUUUAUGUGAAUCGUUUGUGGAAAAGCAUUU